GCUAACUCUAAUGCUUGCCUACACAUAACCUAUUGUUGUUUUGUUUGGACCUACUAUUCCUAAAAAAUAUAUAGGUAUUAAUUUAUAAUAAUUCUAUCAUCAGAGCAGAUUUGACUCAAAAAUCGGGCAUUUGUGGUAAAAAAAGUUCAUGUAACCAUCAUAAUCUAUACUACGCAUUUUAAAAGUUGUACUACCUACAUAGCAUAAUAAGUGAUGGGAUCUUAUAGCAAGGAAAAAGAACUUCGUGGAAGGAAACUCAAGUCCCGGAAAAAGCGCAGUAGCAGGUCAUCUAGUCGAAGCAGUAGCCGCAGCCAAAGAAGCGACAGCAGCGCAAGCAGCAGAAGCAGUAGCAGUGAUAGCUACUCUCGGUCGUCCAGCAGCCGUUACAGUAAAAGUAGGAAAAAAUCCAGCAAGCACAAGCGAAGACGUUCUAGGUCUCGUUCCUACUCUCGUUCAAAAUGCAGCUAUCGACGGAGUAGGUCUCGCGACCGCCACUCUAGCAGACACAAGUCCGAGAGCAGCCGUCACAAGCGACACCGGCGCAAGAGCUCCGACUCAGACUCCAGCAGAGACAGAAAUUACAGUCGUGGAUCUUCAGUUGACAAGAAGUCCUUGAAAAGACAGUCCGAAGACAGGAGAGAUAGCAGAGCCUCUUCUAGAGAAAAAUUUUCGAAACGUCGAUCAGCUGAAAGAAGCCGUGGAAAUUCUGGUCCAUCAUCUAGCAAACUGCCAUCCGUGAAAGAAGAGAAGGAUACCAGUAUGCCGUCCCCACUGCCCUCGCGUGAUAUCGCAGAAUUAAGUGAGUCUGACAAGUUGAGUCGUGAACGCGCCAUCGCAGAGCUCAAUGAUUCGUCUUUCACCCAAGCUACCUUCAAGUCAUCCAGAGGUACAAAGGUUAAAGAAGAGACGCAAACAAACGGAGAAUCUAAAGCUGAAUUUAACUUCGGGACGUCCGCAGAACUGAAGAACAGACCGGCUGCGGUCUUGGCUGGCGAUGAAAGCAAUCUUUUCAGUCCUUACCUGUUCGGUGAUCCCGAAGAAAGAGAGGAGAAGUACCUCAAAAGAAUUCUUUCGAUACGACAACGCGUCUACGACACGAUGGUCAGCACCGCUGGCAACUGAACAAAUGAGCCUCAUACAAUGACGAGAACAAGAACAACGUGCCCUCAUCGCUGGGCACAAACACAAAAGCUUCAUUUACAAAUGGCCACUUAAUAUUCCUAGGAAAUCAACUCUUCAUUUCUAAAAAUAUACCUACGUACUUCGACACUAAUUGAAACGCUACAUGUUAUAACGUACGUUUGAUAGACGUUAUUUACAUUAUCUGUACAGUCUUUCACGUCACCGGAGCAUUUUCUUCGUUCCGAGAGCGUAUAUGUUAAGUCCGACGUUGUCUUCUACGAGAAAAACGGGAAGUUAAGUACUUAUACAUCACUUCAACACCGACAUCUACAUAUUGGUAGCAUGUUCCGCUCAGGAGACAUAUGAUUUUCCUAAAUUAUUAUUGAUUCAACACAUAAAGAACUUGGAAUUAACAGGGCGUUAUCAACCACCAAAGGCAAGGAGUAGGUUUAAAAUCAACUAGCAAAUAUCAGAAAAAUUAAAACGAUAAAUUAGCUUUUGUUAUUAACUUCUUUAAUAAUAUGCUAUAAAUAUGGUAAAGGAAUCAUUGACUCAGAUUCUAUUCAAAUGAAUUGUGCAUGUCUUCAGAUGUUUGGAAGCUGAAAGUUCCUUUUGUGUUUGUAUCUUGACAAAAUUGGCAUUCCUCUGAAUCAGUAACCGCUGCCAAGCAUUACGCAAAAGAAUGAAAGAAAAAUGAUAAACGGGCAUCCACAGAUGCUGGCACUCAACCUCGCGCUACUCGAUAAACUGCUUGUGUUGUAUAAGCGAAAAAUAUGUCAUUGCAUGAAAUUAAUGCCGAGAGCCCCAACACUUCUUAAUGCUUCCUUUGUGUACUAUGAGAACGUAAUGUAGCACUACUUCCUAAAAGCCAUAUUAUGUACUCUACCCGCAUAAUCGUUAGAUGCAGCGCUGAUUUCUUACCAUCGGGAAGGAGUCAAGUUUUGCAAGAAAGCCAGGAGGCUCUUUUUUGUAGCCAGUUAUAGAAGCUAAUACGUCGUUGGAAACAAGUGAAGGAAAUAUUAGAACAUAUAAGUAAUGGUAAGAGGUAACUUAACGAGUUUCCGUACUAACACGAUGCAACAACCUUUACAUUGACCUGCAUAGAAAAUAUUCAAUCAAAGUUUAGGAUUAUUACAAAAUAUAUUAUUGUUCCAAUCAAGCAAUGAAGGUCACAGCAUUUAUAGAAUACAUUAUUUUCAUCUUCUGUGUUCUACCAGCAAAAAAAUACUAAUAAAAUAUAAUUGUCAAGAAUGAAAAUCAUGAAUUUGGGCGGAAUAACCUGAAACCAAUUUUUAACAAUUUCAAUAAAAAUCACAUACUGGCUCUGCGAUGCAUUAUGAUUUACAAGAUUGAAAAUAUACUUAUAAUAGUCGCCAACAAUAUUGCCAUGUGGAAAAUGGGUAUAAUUCAGUACGAACAAUCGUAAUAAAACUCGAACACUUCUAAUCACAUUAAACAGGAUCAAUAAAGUGUUCGUCAUAUUGCACUUCGUUUGGAUAGUCUUUAAUAAUGGUAAGUAAUAUGGCCGUCUGAAAUGAUUGAGCGCACUAAAAACUAAAGUAACUUCAAUUUAAGUACAUUAUAAAGAUCAUGGAA